UGGUUGUCUGUUCAGUCCUCUGUUAAUGCUGGCACAGCUGAUUUCACAAAAACAAAAAACGGAGAAAGAAAAACAAUAACAAUAAAGGAGAAAGUUAUUUUAAGUUCGAACAAACAAAAAAUAAGACGGAGAAACCGGUUGUUACAGCACCGACUUAUUCGACGCCAGCUGAUAAAUAUUGCAGAGACUUUGCAGGGACACUCCGAGCGGGCGUUAAGUCGAAAAUCCAAUGGAAGUGACUCUUAAGAAGGCUCGCCUGGUAAACGAUAAAAAUGAAGCCUCGGGGAGGAUAGGGCUGACGUUGAUCCGUUCGGAUGGUGGGCUCUGCCAGAGCCAGCGCUUCUCAUGAUCUUCGAGCAGUUAAGCGUCCCCGAACUCCUCCAGGCGAGCCUCUGCUGCCGGCGGUGGAACAGCAUUGCCAACGACGACCUGCUGUGGCGUCAGAAGUUCCAGGAGCACUUCAGAGCCUCACCCAAUGUUCCACUUAAGCCGGGCGCCGAGAGUUGGCGGUCGGAGUACCGUCGUCUGUCCACGCACAUACCCUUCGUCCAGGCCCAGCGACUGGAAUCGACGGCGGAAAACCACCAUGGCCACACGCACCAGGUGCUGCAUGUGAGCUUCGCCCACAACGGCGAAAUGUUCGCCACCUGCUCCAAGGACGGCUAUGUGAUAAUCUGGAAUUCUCAGCAUCCGUGUACGGAGAAGUAUGCGCACAACAUGAAACAGUUCAGUUGGAAGUACUCCCAAUACUCUCAGUUUAACCAGAGCGACACCUUGCUCCUGGUCUCCGGCGUACACUUUGGUUCGCCACAAUCGACUUCUGGAGAGAUUGCCGUCUUUUAUCUGGGAGCCACCGAGUCGCAUCUGCGCUGCCGGGUGGUCAACCGACCGUACGAUAUCUUUGGCACCUGGUUCAGUGACCAAUAUCUGAUCUCUGGUGACUUGCACUGGCUAGCGCACUUGGUUAGCACGUCGGUUCUGUGGCUCAACAAGGCCAAUCAGGAGAUUGACUCUGAGCACGUCCCGAUCAUGAGUCAACUGUACAAAUUCUACAAUCGAAAUGCCAGCUCGGUGCGAGCCAUCAUGGUGGCCAGAUGUCCCUGGCUUGAUGAAAGCAACGAUCCGUUGUUAGUCAGGUGUACCGACGAGGCCGACGAAACUCGCAGGACCACGCAGCACUCACCGCCCAGAAAUGAUCCAGAGUCCAGUGGGAAUCCCUUAUCCCAUGCAGCCAGCCUGCGCCGCACAAGAAGCGCAACACCGGAAGAGAACUACUUGCCAGACAUCAGCGAACGUCGUUCAAGGACGCGUCCUGGUGACCCCACCAUUCACUAUCUGGAGGAAUACAGAAAUGCCGUAGCCUCUGUCAAUGGUGCAAACGAAGAGGAGGACGACGAGGAGGAGUACGACUCAAUGGAUUUACAAGAGGAAUACGACGAAAUGGAAAACAGCAUACCGAAAUACCUCAUCUUUUCCACGGGCUCAAAGACCUUCACACCGCAUCAGAUCGGUUUCAAGCGCAUUGGGAAUGUGUAUUUCCCGAAAAAACUUGAUCCCGGUCCCACGCUCAAGGAAAGAAUAGCUGCCAAGCGGGCUGCCGAACAACAGCAGCAGCAGGCACCGCGCACUGACCCGGAUUGGUGGGACUAUGAGUCUGUAAAAGAUCGCUUUGACCAAGUGGACAAGGUGAUUGAUCUGCAUGGACACAUCAUCGGCAUGGCACUCAGCCCAGACCAUCGCUACUUGUACGUGAACACCCGUCCAUGGCCCAAGAACUAUGUCAUCACUAAUCCUCUCGAACCGCCGCCAAUCGCUCAAGAGAUCGACAUCCAUGUCAUCGACUUGAUGACACUUAAGAGAGUAGGCAACAUGCUGCGUGCCCACAAGGCUUACACGCCCAGCUCGGAGUGCUUCUUCAUAUUCCUCGAUGUCUGUGAGGAGUAUGUGGCCAGUGGCGCCGAGGAUCAACAUGCUUACCUAUGGGAUCGAUACUACGGCAUAAGUUUAGCCAAGUUUAAGCAUUCUGAUGUUGUAAACAGUGUGGCCUUUAAUCCGCGCGACUCUGAGAUGCUGGUGACCACCAGCGAUGACUACACAAUCAAGGUCUGGCGAUCACGAUCUAAGGCUAGGGAGUACAACAUACCUGUCAAUGUCAGCGAGUCCUUCGAGCUUAAGCCUAAGAACUGAGGAUGAAUAUUGUCGAAAUCAAAAGUUCUGUGCCUGCCGUAUCCGAUUGCUUUAUUGUGUAUAGAUUUUACUGCUCGCCGCUAGUUCGUUUCGUGUUGUUAAAGAUUUUUAUUAAAUGGUGUUCGCUUUACGAAUCUCCAGUA